CGGAAGUGCAUGAACUCGGUCCAAAGAAGCCCGAAGUCUAAAUAAAUAACUUGUCUCACUGUUCAAUUAAGUUGAAUUUAAAUACACAUUCAGGUAGAAUUCGUUCCAUCUGGUAACGGUCAAUUUUAUUCGAUAACUGGUCAAAUCUGCGGGGCAAUUUUUUUUUUUUUUUUUUUUUUUAUUUAAGCUACCGAGGCUUGCAUAGACUUAAACAAUUAAAUAGCAAAAAAAAAAAAAACAAAGGAAAUUUAAACAAAAUUGUCGUUGACAAUGUCAACACUUGAAAUAAUUCGUUCAUCCCAUCCUCAUGCGUAUAAUUGUUAUGACGACUGGGGUCGCCUGUUUUUAUCUUCAGGGCUAAGGUCAAGGACAUAUAUCAAGAUGACGUCUUUCGAGUUUUAUUUCAUGACGCCCUUUGCCCCCUCGUGUCAAAUGUGUUACCUCCUAGAUGAGAUGCACUUUAGGUAAGUGGGGGUGGGGGGGUGCGGUUACCAAUGAUGGUAUGAAAGGGCGAAUGGCCAAUGACUGUUUGGAAGGGCGGGAUAGCAAUGAUUGGUACAGAACAGUAUGAUAUCAAUGAUGGUAUGGAAGGGCGAGAUAACAACGAUAUUAUGGAAGGGUGAGACAACAACAAUGGUCUAGAAGGGUGAGAUAUCAAUGUUGGUAUAGAAGGGCGAGAUAACAACGAUAGUAUGGAAGGGCGAGAUAAAAAUGGUGGUAUAGAAGAUACAUACUUAAUUUAUGGUGUGUGAACAAGUCCAUUGUUCAAACGUUUACUAGUUUUGAGAUAUGGGUGAGCUGUAUAUAGAGAUGAUCACCUCCCAACAUGAGAUGAUCAUACUCCAACAUGAGAUGAUCAUAUCCCAACAUGAGAUGAUCAUAUCCCAACAUGAGAUGAUCAUAUCCCAAAAUGGGAGAUCAUAUCCCAACAUGAGCUGAUCACAUCCCAACAUGAGAUGAUCGCAUCCCAACAUGAGAUGAUCAAAUCUCAACAUGAGAUGAUCAUAGCCCAACAUGAGAUGAUCACUUCCCAACAUGAGAUGAUCACAUCCCAACAUGAGAUGAUCACAUCCCAACAUGAGAUGAUCACAUCCCAACAUGAGAUGAUCACAUCCCAACAUGAGAGGAUCAUUCCCAACAUGAGAUGAUCGCAUCCCAACAUGAGAUGAUCACAUCCCAACAUGAGAUGAUCAUAGCCCAACAUGAGAUGAUCAUAUCCCAACAUGAGAUGAUCACAUCCCAACAUGAGAUGAUCACAUCCCAACAUGAGAUGAUCACAUCCCAACAUGAGAUGAUCACAACCCAACUUGAGAUGAUCACUUCCCAACAUGAGAUAAUCACAUCCCAACACGGCUAAUAAAGCUUCUGCUGCAUAACUAAGACUCAAACCGUGAUGUCAGUGCUUUGAACAUUUGAUUCCUCGAAUGGACAACACAUAGACAUUCUGUCAUAUAUAGAUAUAAUAUCUGCCUAACUAAGCCUAACUUUCCAUAUGUUUGUAGCACAUACACCAGACACUCAAUCCUUUUCGUUGCUCACGCAGACUGGCCCUCAAGUAUCCUGACGACCCACUCUGUGAUGGCAAAGAUUUUGUGGUAGAAAUUUGGACGGACCUUUACCACAAGGUAGAUGGAUCAGGUUUAAGUUACAGACAUCAAGGUAGAAGGAUCAGACUUAAGUUACAGACAUCAAGGUAGAAGGAUCAGGCUUAAGUUACAGACAUCAAGGUAGAAGGAUCAGACUUAAGUUACAGACAUCAAGGUAGAAGGAUCAGACUUAAGUUACAGACAUCAAGGUAGAAGGAUCAGGCUUAAGUCACAGACAUCGCCACUUUAACAAGUAGAACCUUUUGUCCACUUGUGCAGAGUCUAUAUGAAAUAAAAUAAUUCAUACAAAAUUACAUAGCUCAUAUAAAAUUACACAGUUCAUAUAAAAUUACAUAGCUCAUUUGAUAUUACACAGUUCAUUUAAUAUUACAUAGUUCAUACAAAAUAGCAUAGCUCAUAUACAAUUACAUAAAGCUCAUAUAAAAUAAUAUAGUUGGUAUAAAUGAACAUAGUUCAUAUAAAAUAAAAUAAUUCAUAUAAAAUUACAAUGUGCAUAACAUAACAUUUUCCAUACAAAAGAACAUUGUUUAUAAAAAAAACACAUUUCAUAAAAAAUAACAUAGCUCAUAUAGAAUUACACAGUUCAUUUUAAUAUAACAUAGUUCAUAAACAAUGACAUAUUUCUUUUAAAGAUAACAUAGUUCAUAUAAAAUGACAUAUUUCAUUAUGAAAAUAACAUAGUUCAUAUAAAAUGACAUAUUUCAUAUGAAAAUAACAUAGUUCAUAUAAAAUGACAUAUUUUAUGUCAUGAUAACAUAGUUCAUAUAAAAUGACAUAUUUUAUAUGUCAUGAUAACAUAGUUCAUAUAAAAUGACAUAUUUCAUAUGAAAAUAACAUAGUUCAUAUAAAAUGACAUAUUUCAUAUGAAAAUAACAUAGUUCAUAAACAAUGACAUAUUUCAUAUAAAGAUAACAUAGUUCAUAUAAAAUGACAUAUUUCAUUAUGAAAAUAACAUAGUUCAUAUAAAAUGACAUAUUUCAUAUGAAAAUAACAUAGUUCAUAUAAAAUGACAUAUUUUAUGUCAUGAUAACAUAGUUCAUAUAAAAUGACAUAUUUUAUAUGUCAUGAUAACAUAGUUCAUAUAAAAUGACAUAUUUCAUAUGAAAAUAACAUAGUUCAUAUAAAAUGACAUAUUUCAUAUGAAAAUAACAUAGUUCAUAAACAAUGACAUAUUUCAUAUAAAGAUAACAUAGUUCAUAUAAAAUGACAUAUUUCAUAUGAAAAUAACAUAGUUCAUAAACAAUGACAUAUUUCAAAUAAAGAUAACAUAGUUCAUAUAAAAUGACAUAUUUUAUAUGUCAUGAUAACUUAGUUGAUAUAAAAUGACAUAUUUCAUAUGAAAAUAACAUAGUUCAUAUAAAAUGACAUAUUUUAUAUGUCAUGAUAACAUAGUUCAUAUAAAUAAAUAAUGCUUCAUAUAAUCUUCCCUAGGAAAACAACGAGGGUGAGUGGCAUGGCGUCCCGAUGAACUUCAUCUCCACAGAACGAUUGGUCGAUACGAAAUCACGUGUGUCCUAUUACGGCGCUGACCUGAUCAUCACGUGCGUGGGGUGCUACUCGUUCACAUACAGGGCGCGCCACAAGACGGAGGAGGAGUUCACGUGGGCGGAGUGGAUCGGGAUCAAUGGGCGUCUUGAGGUCAUUUGUUACGUCAUCGAAAGAUGGACCUGGUGUCACUUUUGGUGGUUUAAUAAACGUUAUGUGUGCGUGUAUGUUACGGGCUCACUUUUGGGAGUUCGCCCCGAGAGGCAUGCAGUCUUUUCAGCACUGGCAUGGAUGAUGGAUAGUGUAUUUUUUUGCCAAUUAAUUGCCAGAUUUUCGAUUCCAUUGUCGGAUUACGUGUCAUUCUUAGACUUUCAAAAUUUUUGACAUAACCUUUCCCACACACCAUCCUGAGAUCUAUACUCACGGAUGUCAUCUGUUAAGCAUUACUGACCAAUCAUCACCGAGCCAUCUUUACGGGUAUCAACACUUGCGACCACAGGGAAAACAGAAUGUACCAAACAUGUGGUUUACAAAAACUGUAGCAUCUGUUUUAAACCUAUUCAAGAUAGUGAUGUCCCUUCCAUAGUGUCUGUUUUAAAUCUAUUCAAGAUAGUGAUGUCCCUUCCAUAGUGUCUGUUUUUUAAACCUAUUCAAGAUAGUGAUGUCCCUUCCAUAGUGUCUGUUUUAAACCUAUUCAAGAUAGUGAUGUCCCUUCCAUAGUGUCUGUUUUAAACCUAUUCAAGAUAGUGAUGUCCCUCCCAUAGUGUCUGUUUUUUAAACCUAUUCAAGAUAGUGAUGUCCCUUCCAUAGUGUCUGUUUUAAACCUAUUCAAGAUAGUGAUGUCCCUUCUAUAGUGUCUGUUUUAAACCUAUUCAAGAUAGUGAUUUCCCUUCCAUAGUGUCUGAUUUAAACUUAUUCAAGAUAGUGAUGCCCCUUCUAUAGUGUCUGUUUUAAACCUAUUCAAGAUUGUGAUGUCCUUCUAAAAAAAUUGACCCAACAUCUCUCUGCUCACUGUUUGACUUCACUGCUUACUACUAUUAUAGCUUCAUACGCGUACGUGAUAUCCAAUGCUCCUGACCAAACGAUUGUUUGAGAUAAACAAAGUCAAGACCUCAACCUAGACUUAUAGCCUUAUAGUCUUAUAUAGUCUUAUAGCCUUAUAGCCUUAUAGCAUCAUAGUCUCAUAGCCUUAUAGUCUCAUAGCCUUAUAGCCUUAUAGUCGUAUAUAGCCUUAUAGUCUUAUAGCCUUAUAGUCUUAUAGCCUCAUAACCUUAUAGCCUUAUAGCCAUAUAGUCUUAUAGUCUCAUAGCCUUAUAGCCUUAUAGCCCUAUCUUAUAGCCUCAUGGUAUUAUAGCCUUAUAGUAUUAUAGCCUUAUAGCCUUAUAGUAUAAUAGCCUUAUAGCCUUAUAGUCUUAUAACCUCAUAGUAUUUAAGCCGUAUAGUCUUAUAGUCUUAUAGCCUUAUAACCUUAAUGCCUUAUAGCCUUAUAGCCUUAUAGUAUUAUAGCCUUAUAUCCUUAUACCCUUAUAGUCUUAUAGCCUUAUAGCCUUAUUGUCUUAUAGCCUUAUAGCCUUAUAACCUUAUAGUCUUAUAGCCUUUUAGCCUUAUAGCCUUAUAGUCUUAUAGCCUUAUAGCCUUAUAGUCUUAUAGCCUCAUAGCCUUAUAGUCUUAUAUAGUCUUAUAGCCUUAUAGCCUUAUAGUCUUAUAGCCUUAUAGUCUUAUAGUCUUAUAACCUUAUAGUCUUACAGCGUUAUAGUCUUAUAGUCUUAUAGACUUAUAGCCUUAUAGCCUUAUAGUCUUAUAGCCUUGUAGCCUUAUAGACUUAUAGUCUUUAAGUGUUAUAGCCUUAUAGUCUUAUAGCCUUAUAGUCUUAUAGCCUCAUAGCCUUAUAGUCCUAUAGCCUUAUAGUCUUAUAGCCUUAUAGCCUUAUAGCCUUAUAGACUUUUAGUUUUUUAGCCUUAUUGUCUUAUAGCCUUAUAGCCUUAAAGCCUUAUAGCCUUAUAGUCUUAUAGUCUUAUAGCCUUAUAGCCUGAUAGUCUUAUAGCCUUAUAGCCAUAUAGUCUUAUAGCCUUAUAGCCUUAUAGCCUUAUAGCCUUAUAACCUUAUAGCCUCAUAGCCUUAUAGCCAUAUAGCCUUAUAGUCUUAUAGCCUUAUAGCCUUAUAGCCUUAUAGUCUUAUAGCGUUAUAGCCUUAUAGCCUUAUAGCCUUAUGGUCUUAUAGUCUUAUAGCCUUAUAGUCGUAUAACCUUAUUGCCUUUUGGUCUUAUAGUCGUAUAGCCUUAUAGCCUUAUAGUCUUAUAGCCUUAUAGCCUUAUAGCCAUAUAGCCUUAUAUCCUUAUAGCCUUAUAGUCUUAUAGCCUUAUAGCCUUAUAGACUUAUAGCCUUAUAGCCUUAUAGCCUUAUAGUCUUAUAGCCUUAUAGUCUUAUAGCCUUAUAGCCUUAUAGUCUUACAACCUUAUAGACUUAUUGUUUUAUAGCCUUAUAGUCUUGUCUACUUCCAGGUACGACGUCAGACAGAUCACCUGACAACUUACAUACAGGAGCCUAUUACAAUCAAGGUGAGUUCAUAACUUUUUCAUCGGGGCCUAUGUCAUAGUUAAAUAAGUGGCUAGUAGCAUGAGUCAGGACAUGAAAGGCCAGUAGCAUGAGUCAGGACAUGAGUGGCCAGUAGCAUGAGUCAGGACAUGAGUGGCCAGUAGCAUGAGUCGCGAGAUGCAUGGGUCAGGGCAUGAGUGGCGACUAGCAUGAGUCAGGACAUGAGUGGCCAGCAGCAUGAGUCAGGACAUGAGUGGCCAGUAGCAUGAGUCAGGACAUGAGUGGCCAGUAGCAUGAGUCGGGACAUGAGUGGCCAGUAGCAUGAGUCGGGACAUGAGUGGCCAGUAGCAUGAGUCGGGACAUGAGUGGCCAGUAGCAUGAGUCGGGACAUGAGUGGCCAGUAGCAUGAGUCAGGACAUGAGUGGCCAGUAGCAUGAGUCGGGACAUGAGUGGUCAGUAGCAUGAGUCAGGACAUGAGUGGCCAGUAGCAUGAGUCGGGACAUGAGUGGCCAGUAGCAUGAGUCAGGACAUGAGUGGUCAGUAGAAUGAGUCGAGACAUGAGUGGCCAGUAGCAUGAGUCAGGACAUGAGUGGCCAGUAGCAUGAGCAUGUCAGGGCGAUUACAUACAUUACAGGGUUUUGACAUACGACUGGGUAAGGACAUCAGGUCAUACGACUUAUUUAGGAUAUCGGGACAUACUACUGGGUUAGGACAUCAGGACAUACGACUUAUUUAGAACAUCAGUACAUACGACUUAUUUAGGAUAUCGGGACUUAAAACUUAUUUAGGAAAUCAGGACAUACGACUUAUUUAGGACAGCGGGCCAUACUACUGGGUUAGGACACAAGAACAUACACAAUUGGGUUAGGACAUAGGGAAACACUGAUAGGUUAGGACAUAGGGCCAUACUGUUGGGUUAGGACAUUAGGACAUACGACUGGUUUAGAACCACAUGACAUAAAUAUGAAUUAGGGCAUAGUAACACUCAGCUAGUUUGGGACGUCGGGCCAUGCUAUGAGGUUAAGACAUCAGGACAUACUGCUAGGUAAGGACAUUGGACUUCUGCUGGAUCAGGACAACAGGCCGUAAAUGCUUGGGUAGGACUUAAGGACAUACUGAUACAUGUAAAAUUUAGCCAUAUAUAUUCUGAGACAUCAGACGAAGGCGUAGCACGGACAGUGAUAAAGGUUAAGCUAACUCCUUGUAAACCCUGACUAUCUACACCAGCGGUUCUCAACCUGUGGGUCGCGGGUCGCCUAAGAUCAACUGAAAACACAAACGCUCUACAGUUAAAAAGGAAAAACGAAAAUUUUUUGUGGCCGGGGGUCGCCACAACAGGGUGAGCUCUAUUAAAGGGUCGCGGCAUUAGGAAAGUUGAGAACCACUGAUCUACACGGUGCCCAACACUGAAUAUCUACACGGUGUCCAACACUGACUAUCUACACGGUGUCCAACACUGAAUAUUUACACUGUGUCCAACACUGAAUAUCUACACGGUGUCCAACACUGAAUAUUUACACGGUGUCCAACACUGAAUAUCUACACUGUGUCCAACACUGAAUAUCUACACUGUGUCCAACACUGAAUAUCUACACUGUGUCCAGAAAAAAAAACUGUAACCCUUUCGAAAAUGCUUGGCCGUGGAGAGCAUGUGUUGAAGCUAAUGGUGGACACUUAGGACACAUACUAUUGUUUAAUAAAAACAAUUGAACAUUAUGUUAGGAUUAAAAUAAGUUUUGGAAUUUAUACAAUAUUUACCAUUAGUUUUCAUCUUCAUAAAAAUGGCUUCCUUGUUUCCGGACACAGUGUGUACAGGCGAUCAUUUAGACCAGGCCCGUACAACUCAAAAUGUAAGGCGGGCCGUAAUACUUUAUGAAAAAAAUUAGACAGGCCGUAAUACUUUAUGAAAAAAAUUAGACAGGCCGUAAUACUUUAUGAAAAAAAUGUUCAGGCCGUAAUACGUUAUGAAAACGUCUGCGGGCCGAAAGAUAAUAUGACAGGGGAAAAACUAUUAAGAAAAAAAAUAAUAAUAAAGAAUAUAUCGUUACUUCGUGGGCCGCCAAGUGGGUGCUGGCGGGCCACAUGCAGCCCCAUUGGCCGUAUGUUGUGCAGGACUGAUUUAGACCAUUAAAAAAAACAAAAAAACGUGUCUCGAGUACUCCUAAACUGUGCCUAACCAUUGCCUAACAUUUUCCUUCCCAGAUCACUCACAACAUCUACAUCGGCAACUACUCAGCCGCCACUGAGGCUCACCUCAACGGCUUCGACGCCCUCCUCAAUGUCUCGGACGACGCCCCUGUAUACGCCAAACAGCUGUCACGGCCAAUCAUUCUCAAGAAACUGCCCAUUUCUUUUGGUGUGGAUAAUGUCAUAAGGUCAGAGCGGGUUUGGAUGUCCUGUUAUUGUGUACGAUAUGUACGGCUUAAGUGCGCUAUGCCAGCGUUUACCUGACUUGACUUACAGCUUGGUGGACCGGUUACUUGACUUAUAGCUUGGUGGACCGGUGACUUUACUUAUAGCUUGGUGGACCAGUGAAUUUACUCUAGCUUGGUGGACCGGUGAAUUCACUUAAAGCUUGAUGGACCGGUGAAUUUACUUAUAGCUUGGUGGACCAGUGGCUUUACUUAUAGGUUGGUUGACCGGUGGCUUUACUUAAAGCUUGGUGGACCUGUGAAUUUACUUAAAGCUUGGUGGACCGGUGAAUUUACUUAUAGCUUGGUGGACCGGUGGCUUUACUUAAAGCUUGGUGGACCGGUGAAUUUACUUAUAGCUUGUUGACUGAUGGCUUUACUUAAAGCUUGGUGGACUGGUGGCUUUACUUAUAGCUUGGUGGACCGGUGACUUUACUUAUAGCUUGGUGGACUGGUGGCUUUACUUAUAGCUUUGUGGACUGGUGGCUUUACCUAUAGCUUGGUGGACUGGUGGCUUUACCUAUAGCUUGUUGACUGAUGGCUUUACUUAAAGCUUGGUGGACUGGUGGCUUUACUUAUAGCUUGGUGGACUGGUAGCUUUACCUAUAGCUUGGUGGACCGGUGACUUUACUUAUUGCUUGGUGGACCGGUGACUUUACUUAUAGCUUGGUGGACUGGUGGCUUUACUUAUUGCUUGGUGGACCGGUGACUUUACUUAUAGCUUGGUGGACCGGUUGCUUUACUUAUAGGUUGUGGACUGGUGGCUUUACUUAUCGCUUGGUGGACCGGUUGCUUUACUUAUAGGUUGUGGACUGGUGGCUUUACUUAUCGCUUGGUGGACCGGUUGAUAAAGAUCGAUUUUGCAUCAGGGAUCGGUACCAAAUUAAUUUUAUUUUUUUUAAAUUGUGUUAUAAGAUUAUAAAUAUUCCUUUUGUGCACAACGACAACGCAACUCUGACGGACCGAUGCCUGCCCACGGGCCACCAUUUGGGAAAAGCUGUUCUAUUCCACAAAUUGUUACAGUGUGUUAACUGUCAUAAGCUUAGCGAGUGUAUCAUGUCAUUAGAUGUAUGGCAGACGAUACUUACCCAUUGAAACGCUGUUUUCAUAUAUGGUCUGCGUGUCCUCCUUUAUCAUCAACUUUUGCAUUAAAGCCACACGUCAUAUGAUCUGUGUAUUCAGAUAGUUAAAGACACACGUCAUUUGAUCUGUGUAUUCAGAUAGAUAAAGACGCUCGUCAUAUUAUCUAUGUAUACAGAUAGUUAGAGACACACGUCAUAUGAUGUGUGUGUUCAGAUAGUUAAAGACACACGCCAUAUGUUGUGUGUUUUCAGAUAGUUAAAGACACACGUCAUAUGAUGUGGGUUUUCAUAUAAUAGUAGCGUGAAGACACAUUGAAGAUAACACUCUCCAUUGAUUGGCUACUCCCCCGCAGUGAGACCAGUUUACUAGAGGCAGUCUUCUGGCUGAGGGCGAUGAGUGACCUCUGCACCAAGAUCAUGGUGGCCAGUCGCGAUGGACAUGGCAGAGCCGGAUCGAUCCUAAUAGCCUUCAUCUUCGCCAUGAAUCCCAACCUGACCUUCGAGGAGGCCUACAAGUUUGUCAACGACCGCCAUUUUGUCUACCCCCAUAAAGGUCUUCAGGAUGCUCUGACGCGUCUUUAUCUCCGAGAAUAAAAGUAGUGCCAUCAUUCUCUCCCUUACAUUGCUUGUGUUUGCACUGUUGUCCCCCUCGAUACAUCAUUCCCCAAUGUUAUCUGCCCCCCCCCCCUCUAAACCACAAAAGCACAGAGGUCGUAAUGAUGAAGAAUACGAUCAGAGUGUUUCUCCUUAGGAUUCAUUCCCAUUGUAAGGUCAUUCGAAACGUCCUUUUAGAUCACAUGAGGACCUUUUGGUGGUUCAUAUUCGAGUCUGAGUUCCUGGUGUAACCCCUUCCCCCUAUGUAUUUCGGGUUCCACCAAUUCCAUCUAUGACAACCUGGUCAGACCACGCCUAACCACGAUGGGCUGGGUCCAACCUUCCACUCUCUGAAUUCUUGGUCCCACCUUUUCGCACUCUGUAGUCUUGGUCCCAACUUUUCCUUAUGUGAGCUCCAGGUCCCAACUCUUACUUAUGUGAGUUCCUGGUCCCAACUCUGCCUUAUGUGAGUUCCUGGUCCCAACUCUUACUUAUGUGAGCUCCAGGUCCCAACUCUGCCUUAUGUGAGUUCCUGGUUCCAACUCUGCCUUAUGUGAGUUCCUGGUCCCAACUCUUACUUAUGUGAGCUCCAGGUCCCAACUCUUACUUAUGUGAGCUCCAGGUCCCAACUCUGCCUUAUGUGAGUUCCUGGUCCCAACUCUGCCUUAUGUGAGCUCCAGGUCCCAACUCUGCCUUAUGUGAGCUCCUGUCCCAACUCUUACUUAUGUGAGCUCCUGGUUCCAACUCUGCCUUAUGUGAGCUCCUGGUCCCAACUGUUACUUAUGUGAGCUCCAGAUCCCAACUCUUACUUAUGGGAGCUCCUGGUUCCAACUCUGCCUUAUGUGAGCUCCUGGUCCCAACUCUUCCUAAUGUGAGUCCCAAGACUUCCCUUUUUGAGACCCACGCAUGUGAAAAUGUUAACACAAUUAAUGAUAACACAAACCCCUCUAAGCAAUGGAUUGAUAAAAUCUUUGACUUAUCCUGACUGCUAUUUCCCGACGUCCUUGUAGUAUUUUUAUCCACCGAUACUCAAGUACCUGAUAUUUUUAUCCACUACAAUCCAUUUACCCUGUAUUUUAUAUCCACUCAAAAACAUUGACCUCUUUUUUAUAUAUCCACUGAUAUC